CGUUUCUUAUCCACACUUAUGAACUAUUGUAUGGCGUAAUAGACUGUGGUGUUUUGGCUUUAUAACAUUAAAAUGUCUCACGAAUACGUCAAACCUACUUUGAACGAGAACGAGGAUUGCAAAUGCAAUUUGUGCUCCUUCACCACUUUUGGAGUGUUCCAAAUGAUGCUAUUAUGAAUGGGAAAAUAGUUAAAGUUUAGAGAAGAAAAAUGAGUGCCUUGAUGGAGCUUGUAACUCUUGUCCCAUGUUGUUUCUUCUUCAUAGCUUUAAUAAAGUUCCUUUAUGAUUACCUAUGGAUACCUCUCCGUAUACAGCAUAUGCUGAAUUCACAGGGGAUCAAAGGACCUCCUUACAGAUUCAUCCAUGGUAACAACAAAGAAAUCGCCAAAAUGAGACAAGAAGCAUCAAGCAAACCUAUGGCCUUGACGCAUGAUAUAUUUCCCAAAGUGCAGCCACAUAUUUACUCCUGGAUCAACAAAUAUGGGAGAAAUUAUCUUUAUUGGAACGGUGUUCGAGCUGAACUUGUGAUUUCAGAACCUGAACUAGUCAAAGAGAUACUAAAAAAUAGUGAAAAAACUUUCCCGAAAAGGAAGCCUACCAUUUACCUUAGCAAGCUACUAGGGAACGGGCUUGUGACAGUUGAGGGUGAAAAAUGGGCGAAGCAGAGGAAGCUGGCGAAUUACGUUUUUCAUGGGGAAAGCUUAAAGAACAUGACACCAGCUGUAAUUGCUAGCGUUGAAACAAUGCUAGAGAAAUGGAAAGGCCAAGAAGGCAAAGAGAUUGAAGUGUUCAAUGAAUUUAGAUUAUUGACUUCAGAAGUGAUAUCAAGAACAGCUUUUGGUAGCAGUUACUUGGAAGGAGAGAAGGUUUUUGCCAUGUUGAACAAGCUGUCAAUAAUUAUGAGUCGAAACCUUUAUAAUACUAGAAUUCCUUUAAUCAACAAGUUAUGGAAACCUGCCGAUAUGCUAGAGUCUGAAGAACUUGCAAAAGAAAUACAAGAUUGUGUGAUGAAGAUUGUUAAGAAAAGAGAAGACAAAGUUGUGAAUGGAGAAGCUGAUAGCUUUGGCAAUGAUUUUCUAGGAUUACUUGUAAAUGCCUAUCAUGAUUCGGACAAAAAUAACAAGCUUUCAAUGGAAGAUCUGGUAGAUGAAUGCAAAACAUUCUAUUUUGCAGGACAAGAUACCGUUAAUGCCUUGCUUGCCUGGACAGUCUUGCUUUUAGCAAUCCAUGGAGAUUGGCAAGAUAAAGCAAGAAGGGAGGUGACUGGCAUAUUUGGUAACCAAAAUCCACAACCGGAAGGCAUUGCAAAACUCAAAACUAUGACCAUGAUCAUUAAUGAAACUCUAAGAUUGUAUGGUCCAUCAAAUGGAAUGUUGAGAAGAGUUGGAAGAGAUGUUCAAAUGGAAAAGGUAGUCCUCCCUGCUAAUAUAGAUCUUCUAAUUGCAAAUGCUGUACUUCACCAUGACCCUCAACUGUGGGGAGAAGAUGUGCAUCUUUUUAAACCAGACAGAUUCGCGGAAGGGAUUGCCAAAGCUACCAAUUACAACGCGGCUGCAUUUUUACCCUUUGGAUUGGGACCUCGAACUUGUGUUGGUAUGACCUUUGCAGCCACAGAAACCAAGAUUGUUCUCUCCAUGAUCCUACAACGCUACGCUAUUACACUUUCCCCUGCCUAUGUCCACUCACCAAUACCUAUAAUCAGCCUUAAACCACAACAUGGAAUUCAAGUAAUACUCAAGUCACUGCAUAUCGAUGCUUGAUGUUUCAUCUUUGUUGUCAUCAACAACAUGAAAAAUAUGGGUUUGAAUGCAUUUAACACGUAUUAGCCUUUAUUUUUAAGAAUUUAGGAUUAUGAAUACUUUACGCAUUAUAUAAAAAAAUCUACACAACCAUUAGAAAUUUAGAGUUUAAUAAAAAUUUUCUAUUUCAUAA